CGUUCAUACAUACAUAUAUUCUGAUUAGCAGCAAGCCGCAGCUGAUUGUGUUCGUUGGUUCCAAUUAGAAUUGCGAUUGCAAUUGCAGUCAAUCAAAUUGGUUUCAUCAAUUCCAGCGCACAGAUGCCGCUUUCGACUUUGCUGCUCGGCCUGUUUGUCUGCCUGUGCCUUGGGCUGUGGCACCUGCGUCAGCGCCUGCAACUGGGCUGUAGCCUGCCUGGACCCUGGGCCUUGCCCGGCUUGGGCAACGCCCAGAUGAUUGGCAAACUGAAGCCAGAGUUUAUCUUUCUGGUGUUUACAGAGCUGCGCGAACGCUUUGGCGCCACCUAUCGCCUGUGGUUAGGACCUCAGCUGUGGGUGUUUCUGCACAGCGCCGAGGAGACGCGCCAGGCACUGCACGAUCCAACGCUGCGCAAAGCGGACACCUUUCAGCAGCUCUCGCCCCUCAUUGGCAAUGGUCUGCUGAUCAGCCAUGGCAGCGAGUGGCUGGCACAGCGCCGCCUGCUAACGCCCGCCUUUCAGCCGCAGCUGCUGCGCCGCUUUGCGCCUGCGUUGUCCAAACAUGCGGAGCGCCUGCUCUACCGUCUGCAGCGAACAGGCGGAAAUGCCAUCGAGGUAACGGAUUACCUUUUCGCCUGUCUUCUGGAUUGCAUUGUGGACAACUCAAUGGGCUUUGCGCUGGACACGCAGCUGGUCGAGCACUCGCCCAUUGUGAGCGCCUUUCAUCGGAGCAGUGAGCUGCUGUUCAAGCGCAUGAUUAAUCCUCUGCUGACCUCCGAUUUUGUGUUCAAGCGUACGCGACUGUGGCGCGAGCUGCGCGUUCAGCUGCAAGUGAUUCACUUGCACAUGGAUCGAAUUAUCGAGCAACGCGAGAAGCAGCUAGAGGCAGAGCAGCAGCAGCCAGAGCAGGAGAAACGACCACGCAUACUCUUGGAUGCUAUGCUGCUGGCGGGGCUAAGCCGUCAGCAGAUUCGCGACGAAGUGAACACAUUUGUCUUCGCUGUGAGUUGUCACUGCCACCUCCCCUCUCUCUCUCUCUCUUUCUCUCUCUCUCACUAUCUCUAUCUCGAUCUUCGACAGGGUGUAGACACUACCACGGCGGCCAUGGGUUUCGUGCUCUAUGCCCUGGCCAAGCAGCCAUCGGUGCAGGAGCGCUUGUACACCGAGCUCUCUCAGCUGCCACCAGAUGGCGCCACGAGCCUGGAUGCUCUCAAUGAGCUUGACUAUCUGGAUGCCGUGCUGCAGGAGACUCUGCGCAUGUACACCAUAGUGCCCAGCACGGGCCGACAGACGACCAGAGCCACAACGAUUGGCGGGCGUCGCUACUGCGCCGGCGUCACGCUCUGGAUCAAUAUGUACGGCCUGGCGCACGACGCCAGCCACUUCACUGAGCCAUACGAGUUUCGGCCAGAGCGCUGGCUGCAGGCGCAGCAGCCCACACCCUUUAGCUAUAUACCCUAUUCGGCUGGCCCACACGUGUGCAUUGGCCGCCGCUACUCGAUGCUGCUGAUGAAGCUGCUCACCGUUCGCAUUGUGGAGCAUUUUCGCCUGGAGCUGAAGCGACCACUGGAGCCGCUUGUGCUGCAGGCCCAAAUGGUGUUGCGCUCUCGCGAUGGCAUCCACAUUAGGUUUGUGCCGCGUGGAGCUGUAUGAAAUCAUAACGACUAAUACAUACCCUGCACUUGUCAGCUUUCGAUUGCAAUUUAAGAAUUUUUAGAAAGAAUUUUUAAGAAAUUUUUAAACAAAUUUAUUUUCUAUAUAUCUACAGGAUUUUGUGAAUGGUAUUUUACAAUAAUUUAUGAGUUUAGGCUAAUACAUAGGCCUUCACAAAUUUAUUUUAAA